AUGCAUUUCUCCGUCCCUGCCCUCGUCACCCUCGCCAUGAGCGCUGGCCUCGCAUCAGCCGUCAGCCUCCCCUCCACAGCCUGCCUGAAAUUCCCAUCCGUCAUCCAAAGCGUCGACGUCGAGGGCUUUUUCGGCCACGUUCAGCAAGAGAUGUGCAACAAAGGCUGCAAAGUCAAGCUGUCCGAGUACGAGCCCAACCUGCGCAACCUGGGCGUUUCCAUGAUCGAAACCGAAACCUCCAACAGGGGCGCGCCGCAGCUGAGCUCCGCCUACACCAGCGGUAUGGACAGCAUUCUCAACGUGGCCCGGACGCAAUGCGCAGCCGGAGAGGUCGACCUGUGUGCCAUGAAUGCCUCCGAGUUGCAGUCCCUGGGCAAAUGCCUCAAGGCAAACGUGUGGAGGGUCAUGCUGGACAACGCCUCGAGCCUGUGGCCGGUUCUGACGACGAAUUGCCAACUGCAGUAUGACGUCUUUUCGGACCCGGCCUUCUGGGAGGAGACGGUCCCGGCACAUUUCCGGGGAUUCGCCGAGAACUGCGAGAAGAACUGA